AUUUAUAUUAUUUAUGAAUUGCGUUUCUCAAAUAUAAAAGCAACCUUUCGGUAAUACAUUAAAAAAUUUUUUACUAUUUUCUUAAAGAUGACAAAAUUAAAAGAAUGGAUUGAUAUGAAAGUAAAUGAUGAAGUUAUCAAAUAUUUUGAAUAUAAUAACUUUAGUGAUAUAGAAGAUAUUGCAAAAGGAGGAUUUGGGAUUGUAAGAAGUGCCAAUUGGAUAGAUGGUGGAAUUAAGGUUGCAUUAAAAAGCCCCUUGAUUAACUUGGCAAUUGAUGAAAAUCAAAUGGAAAAUUUUAUUAAAGAGCUCAAACUUUUACACCAAGUUAACGUUCACCCUAAUAUUAAUCGAUUUCUUGGAGUCACAAAAGAUCCAGUACAUGAUGAUCACAUUAUUAUAUUACAAUAUGCAAAUCAAGGAAAUUUGAGAGAAUAUUUAGAAAAAGAUUUUCUUUCACUUCAUUGGAAGGAUAAAUCUCAGAUGGCAUUAGAUAUUACAUGUGGAUUAAAGUAUUUGCAUUCCAGACAAAUAAUCCAUCGAGACUUGCAUGCUAAAAAUAUAUUAGUUAAUAACGGUAGUCUUAUGAUUGCAGACUUUGGAUUAUCUAAACAUUUAACAGAAAUUAAAUCUAACUCCAUACUUUUAGGAAUGCCUGCGUAUAUUGAUCCACAAUGCUAUAUAAAGAAUAAUUAUAAACGAAAUAAGAAAUCAGAUAUUUAUAGUUUAGGUGUGUUGCUUUGGGAGAUUUCAAGUGGUACACCUCCCUUUUCUAAAAUUCCUGUACUUAGAAUUAAUUUAGAAAUUAUUAGAGGAAAAAGAGAAGUAUCAAUUGAAGAUACACCUAUUAAAUAUAAAGAACUUUAUGAAACCUGUUGGAAUGGAGAGCCAAAUCAAAGACCUGAUAUUGAUGAAGUUUAUAUGGUUUUAGUUCAAUUAAAUUCACAAUUAAUUAAUAAUGAACAAAUUAAAGUUGUAACAAAACAGUAUCUUGGUAAUAUGAAUAAUACUAAUAAUUUAAUUAUAUCAACAGAAGUUGCUUGUCACGAUAGUAACAUAGAAAAUUUGGAUUUACCAAAUGAUUCAAAUGUAUCAAAAGAAGCAAAUUGGAUUGAAAGCAGUAAAUUACAAUUCAAUAGCAAAGUACAAUUUAGAAAUAUGAUAAAUAAUUUUAAUAAUUUGAAUACUAAUAAUUCAAUUUCAUUAAUGAAAAAUCCUUAUAGUAAUAGUAUACUUACAAAUAACAAAAUUAUUAAAUAUAUUUUAUUGCAUCUUUUAUGUAUAAGUAUAAUUUUAGCAUCAAAUCUAAAUAAUAAGAAUUAUAAUAAUACAAUCUAUUUAAUAUCAACUGAAAAUGGAAAUACACAAAUCAACUUUAAUAUGUGUAAUUUGAAUGGUACAGGAGCAUAUAAAAAUCAAAUAAAAGCAUUUGAAUGGUAUUUAAGAUCUGCUGAAAAUGGAAAUGGUUAUGGACAAUUUAAUUUAGGUUGCUGUUAUAAAUAUGGUAUAGGAACAGAUAAAAAUGAAACAAAAGCAUUUGAAUGGUAUUUAAAAUCUGCUAUAAAUGGAAAUAGUUAUGGACAAAAUAGUUUAGGUACUUGUUAUUAUUUUGGUAUAGGAACAGAUAAAAAUAAUACAAAAGCAUUUGAAUGGUACUCAAAAUCUUCUGAAAAUGGAAAUGGUAAAGGACAGUUUAAUUUAGGUAUUUGUUAUUUGAAUGGUAUAGGAACAGAUAAAAAUGAAACAAAAGCAUUUGAAUGGUUUUUAAAAUCUGCUGAAAAUGGAGAUAGUGGUGGACAACUUAGUUUAGGUUAUUGUUAUUUGAAUGGUAUAAGAACAGAUAAGAAUGAAACAAAAGCAUUUGAAUGGUAUUUAAAAUCUGCUGAAAAAGGAAAUAGUUAUGGACAAUUGAUUUUAGGUAAUUAUUAUAAAAAGGGUAUAGGAACAGAUAAGAAUGAAAUAAAAGCAUUUAAAUGGUACCUAAAAUCCGCUGAAAAUGGAAAUAGUUUUGGACAAUUAAUUUUAGCUAAUUGUUAUAAACUUGGUAUAGGAACAGAUAUAAAUAAAACAAAAGUAUUUGAAUGGUAUUUAAAAUCUGCUGAAAAUGGAAAUAGUUAUGGACAAUCUGGUCUAGGUAAUUGUUAUUUGAAUGGUAUAGGAACAAAUAAAAAUAAAACAAAAGCAUUUGAAUGGUAUUUAAAAUCUGCUGAAAAUGGAAAUAGUAGAGGGCAAAAUAGUUUAGGUAAUUGUUAUUUGAAUGGUAUAGGAAUAGAUAAAAAUGAAACAAAAGCAUUUGAAUGGUAUUUAAAAUCUGCUGAAAAUGGAAAUAGUAAUGGGCAAUUUAGUUUAGGUAAUUGUUAUUUGAAUGGUAUAGGAACAGAUAAAAAUGAAACAAAAGCAUUUGAAUGGUAUUUAAAAUCUGCUGAAAAUGGAAAAAGGAAAGGACAAAUUGAUUUAAGUAAUUGUCAUAAAUAUAAUAUAGGAACAGAUAAAAAGCAUUUGAACUGCUGCAAAUAUUAGAAAUGAUCAUUAUUGCACAGUUUAAUUUACUAGAAGAAUGAUAUGCAAAUAAACUAGAAAAUGAAUUUAGA